AUGCGUUUCGAAUUCCCCGAUGAGAACAUCAUGCUCAUCAGAUAUUGCAACAUCCCUGGCCCCGAGGAAGGACUAGAGCCUGGAUCCCAAUGGACAUUGGUAUUCGAUGGAGCUUCUAACGCUCAUGGUAGUGGCAUUGGGGCAGUCGUCACCUCCCCAACUGGUUUCCACCUCCCUUUCACCGUGAGGUUGUGUUUCAAAUGUACAAAUAGUAUGGCGGAGUACAAGGCUUGUAUCUUUGGCAUUGAAGCUGCGAUUGAUCUUAGGAUCAUAAUUCUUGAAGUCUAUGGAGAUUCAACCUUGGUUAUGAGCCAUGUCAAAGGAGAUUGGGACAAUAGAGAUCACAAGAUCAUCCCUUACAAGAAGCAUGUCCUGAAACUAAUCCCUUACUUUGAUGAAAUUACACUCCACCACAUUCCUCGAGAGGAGAAUCAGCUGGCCGACGCAUUGGCAACUUUGCCAUCCAUGUUUAAGGUCAAGUGGAAGAAUGAAGCACCAUCCUUUCACCUCAACUACUUGGACGAGCAUGCUUACCUUUUGGCGGCCGAAGACGAAGCCAACGGUCAUCCUUGGUUUUAUGACAUCAUGAGAUUUCUAGAGAACCAAGAAUACCCUAAGGACGCAUCCAUCACCGACAAGAAAUAUCUUUGA